CUUGAUGAACGACCAGAAACAUCUGGCUCCCGAGGCCGCCAUGGCCAAUGAUGGCCGGAGGCCGGUCGGCCAGCAACCUGAGCACUAUGCCCCUCAACCUCAGUACGUUGGCAAUGGAGCUUCGCCAACUGUACCCCAUCACAAUGGCCCCAUGCAACCUUCUCCCAUGAGUUACGCCAUGUCUGGCCCUCCUCAUGCCGCUCCUGGCCCUAANUCCUGGACCUUAUCAUCCGGCUGCAACUACUGGACCACCACCUCAGAUGUCCAUGCAGACAUCGCUCCCACCAGCGCCCUAUCCUCCCGCUUACGCCAUGCCUGCAAACCCCAAUGCNNUCCUGUUGCUGGCACCAUGUCCGAGGCCAUGAUGAUGCAUGAUCCUAAUAUGGCUGCGCCUGGAAUGUCACCCAGGCAUCAUUCAGCUGCUAUGCUGUCCGCGCACAAGAGAGCAUAUCGCCAGCGCCGCAAAGAUCCCAGCUGCGACGCGUGUCGCGAACGCAAAUGUGAUGCGACCGACACAUCCAGCUGCACCGAAUGCUCAAGCAGGAGCGUAAAGUGUCAGUUUACAAAGGAGACCAACCGACGCAUGUCCUCGAUGAAGCACGCUCAAGAUCUCGAACGCCAGCUCGAGGAAACCCGACAGGAAAAUCGACAAUUACGCAACAUGCUCAGCGAUUCAGGCAGCACAACCGCAGGCGCAUCUGUAGCGGCUCCGUCAACAAGUCUGUCGGGACCACCUGAUUUCACUCCUAGCAAGCAAAGAAAUGGGCGCCCGCUUGCCAUGAACAGUUUCGAUGGCGUGAGAGCGAACCUCCGCAAGUUCAGCCAGGGCAUCUUCAAGCCGCCGCAUCCCUACAGCAAACCUACCGUACAGGUUCAGUGCGCCGACUCUUCAACCCCGCUGCCGCCAAAGCAGCUGGUAGACAACCUCUUGCAGAAGUACCACACCACUUUGCAGCCGAUCUGCCCCUUCCUCCACUGGCCCACGUUCAUCGACGAAUGCGAACAGCUGUACAGAAGAGGUACCUUCCAGGGGCUGCGUCAGAUCUGGAAAGCUCUCUUCUUCGCAGUCCUUGCAAGCGGCUGUAGCGUACAAGACGCGCGAGGAUCUGCGCAUCCCGACUCUGAGUGUAUAAAGUUCGCUGAAGUGGCCAAGUACUGCACGAAGUCGGUGGAUGAUGAUAUUUCGCCUGAUCAUGUGCGCACGUCCCUGCUUCUCAGUAUUUGCUUCUCGAACAUGAACCGCAAAGCAGCAAGUUGGUUUUGGCUUGGUUCGGGUGUGAGGUUCGCUCAAUUGCUAGGCCUGCACCGAGAGCAUGGUCAACUGCCACAGUUCGAGGCCGAGAUGCAGACUCGUCUCUGGUGGUCUGUCUACAAUUGGGACAGAAUUCUCUCUCUCGAACUCGGCCAAGUACCCAUCAUUGAUGACAGUGAUGUUGAUGUCAGCGAACCGACUCCUAUUGACGAUGCAAGCAUAGGACCUGGACUCGGCAACUCAGCUGCUCGUCCAAACUCACUUAUCGUCUUUGUUCCCGUUGUGCGCAUCAUCUAUCCACUGAAGAAGACGUUGAAGUCUCGCACCAUAACCCCCUCGACCUUGAACGCCUACGACGAACACUUCCGCUCCAUCAUGGGUUCCUGGCCCGACCCGUACCCGAUCCAUUCUAACGCUCCGCUCGACCCUGUAUACUUUAGUGCUGUAUUCUCGCUCCAGAUCGCCCGUUUCCAUUUGUACCGCCAUAACCUUUCUCCUGCCUGUCGCCCUCAAGAGCGCAAGGAUGCUCUGUAUCGUUGCCUUUCUGUCGCCAAAGAUACAGCUGUCUAUCUCCAACGCUCUAUUCAGACCUCUCCAGGUCCACCUCGCUACUCAGCUCAGCCUUUACACCCAAGCUCAGAGUGGAACGCACGGAUGGCCGACAGCGCCCCUUUCUUCCUCGUCUUCCACUUCUGGCGUUGCACUCUUGUGGCUGCUCUCUGCGGAGAUUAUGCGACUGCUAUACUUUGCAUGAUGCCGCUGAACGCGAUUGGUACUCGUGCGAUUGUCAACCCAGCCUGCGGACGCUAUAUUUCCUUCUUCCUGGAUUGCUUGGUGGAACGCAUCCAAACUGGCAGAGGCAGUCUUGAGAUGCUGGAAGUAGACGAGGAGAUGCUGGCCUACGCCAGCGCUGAUAUGCAAGGUUCCCACGAGACUGCCUGGGCUUGGACUGGAGGCGAGGUGUUGCAGAGAACAUUGGAUCAUACUGCCACUGCUGCAGAGGGAGCGACCAGCGCCUACUCCCAAUCCAUGGGAGAAGAGCCGGAAUGGAAUGGAUGGAACCCGCCUACACCGCACAUGACCCCCGCGCCGGUUAAUGCAGCGCCAUCCAAUGCUCCCACACCGGCAGGCACUAGCUCUCGCAUCAGCAUAAAAGAUAUUAUC